AUCAGAUCGCGAUGAUUGUUAUAUGGCGGCCGAUGCCGUCUGCUCACCCGUCCCCGGGUCUGCCCUGCUCUCGUCUGGCACUGCCGUCUGCUCCCCCGUCCCCGCGUCUGCCCUGCUCUCGUCUGGCACAUCAGACUUGCUAUCGCCUACCUCGCCUCGCUCUGUGACCUUCGGCGAGCCUCUGGAGACCGACAUUGCCUCGGUCUGCACCUCGCGACACAGCGCCCUGGCGCGCCGCAGCUCUCUCUUUGCGGACUCUCUCGUCCAAGAGGAGAUCAGCAUCUCUUGCUCGAACGAAUCCAUCGUGGCGCGCGGUCGAAGCAUGGCCACAGACUCGUCAUAGCCGCGAGUCCGAAGUGCUCGAUGGCUCGCGGCGAGGGCUCUGCCCUUGCCCGCGAGCGGAGCGCACCUCCUCGCUCGUGAUGUUUUGUUCGCAUGGGCAGCUCCUCCGCAUGAGUACAAGCAGCAUUCUGAUGAGCACACAUUGGGCGCGACUACUAGCUCCACUAGGCCUUGCCCGGCCUCGCGCCAAUGUCAAUUAUGGAUGUCAUGCGACUCGCUUCUCGCCGUGGCAACGAGGCCGGCAUGAGCGAGCUGAGAGGCCACGCUGGCGCGCUUCACCGCCGUGAGCUGGAUCUGUCGGCAGGCGAGUGUCGCCCAGCUAGUCAAUACAUUCGUCGCGGGCAGCUCACGCGCCACAGAGUUGUGUCAUCGGCGUUUUGGACGUGAUGUGUUUCCGAUACUCUACACGUGGUGUAAUCGUGGUGUAUGUGCCGGCUCGCGCCUAGCCUGGUGGCCAAUAAGUAAUUUACGAUUC